UAACUCUUUUCACAGCUUUGUAUGGUGCUAAUAAAAGUAGCUGACAUAUCAAACGAAGCUCGACCAAUGGAUGUAGCUGAACCGUGGCUUGAUCGCUUACUUCAAGAGUUUUUCGCACAAAGUGCUGCUGAGAAGAUGGAAGGUUUGCCAGUGACACCUUUUAUGGAUCCAGAUAAAGUUAGCAAGCCAGGAAGUCAAGUGCGAUUUAUUGGAUUGGUGCUUUUGCCUCUCUUCGAAGCUCUUGGUGAGUUGCUUCCGGAGCUUAUUGAUUUUAUCAUUAUUCCAGUUCGAGUUGCCCUCGAUUUCUAUAAACGUUUGAAUGACGCCGCACAAAAGAAUCGUAAAUCGCUUGCCGAAACUGAAGGUUCUUCUGAUGGCGAUGAAAUCAUUCCACGAUCUCAAUCAGGUAUCAGUGUUCGUUCUCGUCGUAGCAUUCCAUCACAAAAAUCAAACUCCAAGAAUUCAGUAGAUGAAGAAACGAUGCUUAUUGCUGCCGAACUUCACGAUCUUCCAGAAGGUAGUGAAAGUGGCGAUUCAGAAACAGCCACUGAGGUUGAUGUUGCCGAGAAAACAUCGAAAUUCAAAGUAGAUACGGAAAGCCGAAAUAAAUUGAACAACAUGCAAAUGACUUAUCGCAAAGGCCAUCAUCGCGAUAAACGCCCUUCGAUGGUUAGUGAGAUGGGGAGUCGGGUGCGCGGAUCUUACGGUAAUUUACAACAUAAUUACAAUUCACGCACAAGUACAUUUGGUUCAAACCGUGCGAUUAGCCUAGAUCAUUAUAAUCAUCGUCGCAUGUCAGAUGGAAUUCAGACUGUCACGUCCGACUCGACUGUUUACUACCAUCAGCGUUUAAAUGAGCAAGAUGUCCUUUUGCGAGCGUCAAUCGGCAAGAAGAGUUCCAGCUUACAAGGUACAUCUGAUGUUAAGCUGCUUGUGAGUGAAGAUUCCAUGACAAAAAAUGUCCAUCACCCGUCUGACGUUACUCAUGAUGAAUGCGAUGAACCAAACAGGGUACAGUCAAAUAAUAAUAAUAGUAGUAAUAAUAAUAACAAUUCUGCUAGCUUAGCAAGUAAAAAUUUAAAGUCUAAAAUGAGUAGUAGCGUUAGUUGUAGUCCCAACAGUCCCAAAUCGAUAAUCACCCGACUCCGACAGUUGACCGGUCGCUUGUCAUUCUCAUUUGAUAAAGAGUCACGCCGAAUGAGUAGUGGUGGAACGCAAACAAUCAUAAAAACAUCGCCUGCGUCUGUAAAUUCAUCAUCAAAGAAUAACAACAUGAUGAUGCCAAAUAUUUGUUGUAAUGUGAAAAAUUCCAUAGAUGGACACGCAACAAAAAGUGACGACGUGUCAGCGAGACAUCGUGCUUAUAGUUUAGAUGUACCAACAACAAAAUACUUUAACAACAGUAGUGGUGCGAGUAGUAACGAUGGAAGUCGUAAAAGUUUGUCAUCGAAUAAGAACGACGAGGCUGACGAUUCGACGGAGAACAACAGCGCUUUCGCAUCGAAGAAAAUGAGUUCGGAAGUUGAAGCGCCUGACAUCUGA